GUCCUAUCCGAGAAGUACAACUCGGAGCUCAUGGCGAUGGACGUGCGGCACCUCGUGAGCGACUUGGCUUGCGAUGAUUCUGACUACACGCCCACCGCGCUCUUUGACGGCAAGAUGUUCCAUGUCACGGAGCCCAUGGACGCCCCGCAGCCCAUGGACGACGACCGAGUCUUCUUCAUGCUCAACGGCGCCAACGACGGCGUCUACGUCUCGUGGAACGGCCAGUUCGAGUGCGUGGGUCAGGCGGCCGAGGUGGCCGCAGCGACGCUGGGCGCCGACCGCGACGUCAUGGCGAACGGUGUGCGUUUGUACAGUCAGAUGGGCUGGCCCGUUCGUAACUUGGAGGAGCUGAGGAAGACGAAGAACAUUGUGCACGUGCUGCUGGACUUCCAGUUGUGGCAGUGGCCGGGUAUCAAGAAGGGGUACAAGUACGUGCUGGAGGACGGCGUGACGUUGACGACUGUGGGUAUUAGCCCCAAGGUGCUCGAUGUCGAGCACUAUUUCACCCAAGAGGAGGCGGACAAGAUCAUUGAGAUCGGAUCUCCGCUUUUGAACAGGUCCCGAAUUGCCAGCAAUACCACGGAAGGAGCCCAACACGUCGUCUCCGACACGCGCACAAGCCACACUGCGUUCCUCCCUGACAGUCUCUUCACUCGCGACUUUAAAGUCCGUGGAGCUCGAUUGACUCGCCUGCCAAGUCCCAGUUUCCUCGAACGACUGCAACUCGUGCGCUACAACGCAGGCGAGUUCUAUCGCCAGCAUCUCGACACGUUCCAGACGCUUCCUUUCCUUCCGACCGAGAGCGAGUUCAAGCUCGGACUGGACACCUACAAGCAGUGGGCCAACUGGGCUGCCGAUAAAAUCCGUGAACUGAGUGUCAGUCGAGAUAUCCCUGAAGACUUUCGUGAAGGUGGAGCGCUCUUCCCAAAUGCCGAAGACGAGGUGACAUUCCCCAACGCAUUGUUGCGCCUAUUCCUUCCGAUCGCUAACGAGACCAACGUGUUCCGAUCUCGCCGAGACGCGUCGUGGACCGACUGGAUCGCUGAGAAUCUAGCCCUUAACUCUCGGGGCAUUAUGCCCAAGUUUAUUGGAAUUGGAGCAAAACCGGAGUAUUUGCCCCUUGUCGUGAAAGCGUGGGAAGAUGCACUGGGGAUGCCGGAGCUCCGUUAUACAUUCCCGAAGGCCCCUGUCAACGAUGUCACGCACUACUUUGCGUGGGUGCGCUGGGCGAAGGAGCGGGUCGUAUUCUUGGGGGGCAAAGCGCCGGGUGUUUGUCGUCCGGGCGGCUUCUUGUACCCUUCGUACUCGAUGAAGUUCCAGUCCGAGCUCCUGGACAUCAUCCUUGACAACUUCUCGAAGGCUUUCAUCACCCGUUUCCUUCCUAACGACGACUGGUACAGCUGGAUGGUUGAGAAUCGUGGAAGGAACAACGUACUGGUGCGCGUGUUGCAGGUUUCGCCUCAGUUUGCCGAGCUUACGGUUAAAGCGUGGGAGGCAGAGGUGAAGGCACCGGCUCAACUACGCUACAAGCUGCCCAAGUUCGUCAAACACUUCUUCCCGCAGCGCUUCGUGACGUUGUUCCUGUAUCUGAACAACCAAACUAAAGUCGGCGGUGAGACGGUCUUUCCUCACUCGGUCGAUCGGUACUCGGAGGAAAACAUUGUUCGCAACGGAAUGGGCGAGUGUUCAGCAGGACUGGCGGUGCCUCCGCUUGGGUUGCACGCUUCUCUAUUCUACGUGCAGACCCCAGAGGGUGACGUGGACCCGAUGGCCCUUCACGGUGGGUGCCCGCCUCAUGAGGGAACCAAGUGGGGGUCGAACUCGUUCAUGUGGGAUGCUGAUUCCGAAGAAUCGAAUGACCAGCGAGGCUAAGAACGAACACCUCUGCAUUGUAGGAAGGGCAAAGUAUCUCUACAGUACAGUCAAUGUCAGAAACAAUGUGUAUGGAAUAAAAACGGAAUCAUCUCUCU